UCGGCUCAGCACUAGGUUUUGACUUUUAAUGUAACGAACAAGACGCUGUCUGCAUACGGAAUAAAUCAUUAAUCUGUCCUGCUGUGGUCACCAUGGAAACCUUGUAUUGGUUCAGCCAGCGAUGACGAUUGCGCCGAAUCCUGUUCACGUGGUUUGGAUUAGUUCGCCCGAGAGGCCUGCUUAGGUUGCAGACGAUACCUCCCCGUUGUACAGAUAAGAAGCCCUUUGCUUGGACACCAAGAAAGACUACUUCAAAUCAAUAUAUUCGAUAACUACCUUCCUUUCCUGUGUCUGGCGAAUCGGACAAAAGACUGUAGUGAGUGUUCUCGUGUGUGUGACGAGGGAGAUCCGUUUUUUCCCACCUGUGUAACAAACUGUUCUAGCCAGGCGUGUCUCCAGAGCUGCGCCUUUCUAAGGACAGUGCAUCGCGAAGAAAGUGCCAGUCCUUUUAACUACACCAGGGCCAGAUUGACUACCUUUGCUGCCAAAAACCUGACGGUGUCCAAACCGUCUGUCAUCUGCAGUUACACGGAGAUGCUGAACGCGAGCAGCACUGCGAGGUCGUUGGUGCGCGUGCGCUGGAAUGUGCAUGACGUCACAGGGGCCUCAACGUCCGUUCCGCUUGCGUUGUUGUGGCGGUGACCAGCGAGCACAACCCCAACUCUUGGCAUAUCGUUGGAAAGACCAACUUCAGCGUGAUACCGAUACUCAAUCUCAUGCCAGAAACAAAAUACAAGAUCAAAGUUCUUGCGGUGCAUGCAGCGGGCUACGUCGAUGGGACCGUUGAUUCGGACUGGAUACAGACACCUCCAGUGAGUACUUACCUGGCCACACCGAUAAACUUUCGUGUGACUCGACAAUAUGUCCGUGGAGCCAGUCUCAGAGCUCUCAUUGAGUGGGAGCCACCAAAAGAAACGGGAGGAUGUUUUUUUCGUUUAUACGCGAUGCCGCCCCAAGGAACCUAUGACUCCAUGGAGACACAGUUCUGGGGAGAGCUGCGCUAUGAGUUACGAUCUCUUCAGUUCAGUUCAGAAUACUCUCUAGAGGUCUACAACUUCGACGAGAAUUUCGACAUGCACAGCAAGCCAGCCAACCUGUCCUUUCGCACAGCUGAUUGCUUGAGCGCCGCAGAAUUCAACUACAACAUCUGCCCACCCGAGAAGCCAGAGAACGUGAGCAUCCGAAGUACGGCGAUGUAUGCGGACGACGCUGAGCACCCGGUGAGUGACAUCCUGGUCACGUGGGACCCGCCUCGCUACCUUCGCCAUCACAACGCCAUCAGCAACUACACACUGAGCUACUGGAAAACCCCCGACAUGCACAACGUUCGCCUCAUCCUCCCGCACCACGGCAACCUCGUCCUCCCUGGGACAACCACUAAUUCCACCAUCCACGGUUGCCAUUGGGACUCCGUGUACGAGAUUUACUUGACUGCCUUGUCCCCAGGAGGCAGAAGUGAACAGUUCAAACAGACCAUCACUCUAGGCAACGGGUAUUCAGAGUAUUAUGAGACACCGGAAUAUUCUGAGAACAAAGAUCCUGAUAAUGAGGACAAAACUGUGCAGUACGCCACCGCGGCUCCAGUGUUAGUCGGUGUCAUUGCUGUCGUCGUUUGUCUUCUUUAUCGUCGGAGGAUCAAAGCACGUCGGAAGAAUGCAGCUCUUCGAGACUCUUCCCACAGAGAGGACAGGAUAGAAACGUCCACAAAGAUGGCCGAGCAAGUGAAGGCCUUCCCGACUAAUUCUUACCAGGUUUCAGAAAUUCUUGGCAUAGAAAAUACUGGCCGUGGAAAUAAACCCUUGUACGAAAAGACGGUGACGAAAGAGGAGGCAGCUUUGCUUGUGGCGGACGAAUACGAGAUCGACUACUCAGCUCUGCACUUCACACAGACGGUUGGCGAGGGCGCCUUUGGCAAAGUCAUGAAGGCAGAGCUCAACCUCAGUGUGGCCUGCUCCUACGGAGCUUUGUCUGCUGCUCCCAAAGUGGUGGCAGUGAAGAUGCUGAAAGACCACGCCACCCCAGACGAACGUCGGAACCUGCUGCUAGAGAUCGACGCCAUGAAGCAGCUCGGUCAGCACCAGAACAUCGUCUCCAUCAUUGCUUGCGUCACUUCCGCUCCUCGCUUGUGUCUCGUCAUGCACUACUGCCCGCUGGGCGAUCUCCGCAACUACCUGCGCAACCGUCGCAUACAGAACUCCAAGAUUCAGGAGAAGAGUUCCAGCACUUCGACUUCUACCUCCGGUCCCACAAUUCACCUCAACUCUGGAGACAGCGGCAUCAGCUACGCCAGCAACAAGUCGGCAUCACACAAAGUUCGUGAUAAGGUCCAAGCUCCAUCCUACAACCGCAAGACGAGUACAGCAGCAGCUAGUGGAGAGUCGGCCACCGCCUCAUCCAGAGACAACACUGAGCUCUUGACGCUAGGGGGCGACACAGAAUCCAUCUCGCAGACAACCUUACUAUCGUUUGCUCGUCAGAUUGCUCUGGGGAUGGAAUACCUGGCACAGCGCAAAUUCAUCCACCGGGACCUGGCGGCGCGCAACAUACUGCUGUACAGCCAUCGUCAGCUCAAAAUCUCGGACUUCGGACUCGCGCGAGAUGUGUACGAGACGAACAUGUACCAACCGACUUCCGCCCGCAAAUUACCCUACAAGUGGAUGCCCAUAGAGUCCAUCUUCGACCAGGUCUUCACCAUUAAGAGUGACGUUUGGUCUUAUGGCAUCGUAUUGUGGGAGAUCGUGACGCUCGGCGGGUCUCCGUAUCCCGGCAUUCCUAACAAAGACUUGUUCCGGUUACUGAAGGAAGGCUACAGGAUGGAGAAACCCGAGAACUGCAGCCCGGAGAUCUACAAGAUGAUGCUGUCCUGCUGGCACCCCAAGCCCGAAGACCGACCCUCCUUCACCGAGCUGCGCACCAAGCUAGAAAGGUCACUAGAGGUCACCGAGUCCUACAUUGACCUCAACAUCGCCGUCAGUGAGGACUACUACCACCACGACGCAGAGUCCACCGAUGGAGCAGAUCCUUUCGGCUCGGCUAGGACAUCGUCAGAAGACCACCACCAUUGCCAGGCACUGGAUAGCUCGCAGACGGCCAUCGCUGACGUUCACGAGCGCAGCAGUUUCCAUGGCGACGCACCAAGCGCCCCUCCUCGGAACGAUACCUCCACUGUGACCAGAAAAGCUUCUCUCCUUGGGUUCAGGCCCAAGAGCUUGCCCUCAGUCAUCUUUCCGGACAUCGACCUCGGCAAUGGAAGUUUUGUACCGAAACCUCGGAGCCUCGAUGGCCGCCCUUGUUGCCUAGGCAACAGCCAACCCUUGAUGGCGCAUUCGGCGAAGAUGUCACGUGAUCUCUGUCAGGCUGAAGCGGGGCUCGUCAAAACUCCGACUGCGACAUUGCCGGACAGCAGCGGAUCAUCCACGGAUCUCACCUGCGAUUGCGAGUCGCCCGUCAGCCUCAGUGACGUGUCUGUGACGUCAGACAGCAAGGCGCACGUGCAGCACGCACCGUCCUUGACCUACGGCCUGAUCAGCCUGCUGGGGAAGACCGGGCAGCUUAGGCGGGGCAAAGGUCGGGACGAGCGCCAGUCCCUCAGCCUCACUGAGGUCAGCAUGAUCGAAAGAGUGGGGAUGGAUGUGGACCACUUUGACCUGCGCCCGGGCCGCCUCUCGUACGCGCAGUUGUGAAAUGGACCGCAGUCACAGAGGCAGUCACGUGGGCUAACGGCGGGCAAAUUGACUGCGUGCUAAACAUGUCAGCAAGACGAGAUCAUAGGUCUGACACCGACAGCUGACAGUGAAUGCUGCCCAAUUCUCGCAAAAAAAAAAAAACAAACAACAACAAAACAAACAAAAACAAAA